AUGGAAGACGCCCUGGCCCGGGCAGUGAUCCAGAUAAGAUGGGAGGAGGAUGAGAUAAACCGGACAAUUCAUUCCAGAUACGAUUCAAGGCGGAAUGACAGGAAGCCAGAGCACAGGCCAGCGAAGCACCGCCACCAACCCCCAGCACGAAGUUCAAGUAGAGUCAAAAAACCGUAUGAUUGCCAGCCAAUGAGAAUUGAGAGCAGACAGUUCAGAUCGAACUGGUACAAAAUACCGGAGUACAGCCUUAAUGUCGAACCAACCCAAGUCGUCGCGAUUAUGAAAGGAAUGGGAUCCACCGUUAAGUGGCCAAGCAAGCUCAACCCCGAGGCAAGGAGAGACAAGACUAAAUGGUGCGAGUUUCACGGUGAUCAUGGGCACAACACCGCAGACUGCAUUGCUUUGCGGCUAGAGGUCGCUGCACUUCUAAAGAGGGGACAUCUCCGAGAUUUGCUAACUGAUAAAGGGAAGAACACCAUUAGCCACAAAAGUUCAAAAGAACCAUUACCACCUCCACGAGAACCCACACCAAAAGGAUUAUGUUCGCUCAUCUUCGGAGGAUCAGAGAUCAGUGGGGUAAGUUAUUCAUCAGCCAAGCAAUAUGCCAGAACCAACCACCACCAUGAAGUCCAGUCCAUCCAUUCGGUCUCACGGUCACACACCCAUCAGGUAAUUCAAUUUGAAGAUGACGAGCCGGUCACCUUGGCCGCUCCUCAUCAUGAUGCUCUAGUCGUCUCCCUGCAGAUCGCUAACAUCCUAGUGAAAAGAGUAUUCGUAGAUGGAGGCUCUUCAGCAAACCUCAUAUUCCUCAAAGCAGUGAAGGCUAUGGGACUGGAAGAGGCAAACAUCAACAGGCGGCCGACACUGCUAGUUGGUUUCAGCUCUGAGCAGAAGUAUACUAUCAGGGAGAUCAUCCUCCCUAUCGACGCCGGCGGAGUGAACAAACAGACCAUUUUUCUGGUAAUCGACUGCCCCUCAUCCUACAACGUCAUCUUGGGCUGA